AUGUCGUCUAAAGCCCUGAGUUUCAAAAGGAUAUUUGAACAUGACAGCACCCCUCCAAGUCUUCCUUCAUCACCUCCUCAUAAGAAGUCAGUACCGGCUUUUCAAUCUCCUGAUCAUGAACAUCUCAGGGAGGCAUUGCAGUCGGGAGUACUCACUCUCAUCAACGAGACAAUUCAGUUCUUUCCUAUCUGGAACUGUCUGCUCUCUGACAUCCUGAAAGACCCACAACAUCAUGCAUUCUGUCUUGAUCCUGAGUUGAGCCAGGCUGACAUGCUUUCCAUUGAAGCAUCUUUAAAAAAGAUGAUAGGAGUAGGAGAUUUUAAAACAGCACACCCUGGCUGGCUGACACUUUUCUCAGCACAUCCAACCAUCCUAGAGACUGAACUUGGUUUCCACCUGCAGCAAAAUGUGGCAGUCAAACACCCAUUUUACAAGAUCUACCCCCAAGGUAGCAACAGCAGCAGCAUGCCCAGCAAUUUCGCAAUUGGACAAUACAUCAUAAAUGAUGAAAUGGCAAAGUUUUUUAGAGAGGCGAAUGUAUUGUACUGGGCCAGAUCACUUCUUCAGUUUGCAUAUGACUUUAUUGAUCACAGCAUUUCCUGUUCAACUGAACCACCACCUUUUGAUAUUCCUCACUUGUGCUUUGUCAAUGCUGGUCUAGCCGCAUUGUAUGCUCAACCACUGCCUACUACGUCUCAUCAGAAAUCAAAGGUGAACAUCCCUCGUUCUGGCUACCUGGUUGAAGAGUUGAUUAGUGGCAAGUUCCUGAAGUAUAUUCAUAAUAUGGACUGUCAACUGCUGUACAUCAAAACCAGUGGCCUGGCUUUUAUUUCAGACUAUCAGGGUGUGCACAUUUUAUUUCUGAAUAAUCAGUUUAUUAAUGAGUUCACAGUUAAUGGAGGCAAAGACAUGUUUUGGAAUGGGAAUAUUGAGGUUGGUGUGAGCAAGUUCGAGAAGGACCAUAUCUGCAAUAAGUACUGUUAG